CUAGUGUUGAGAAAGUUUCGAUCCGAUUUAGUUCAAGUUCAAGAUGAGUGCAAAGUGGGAAAGCAACGAAGAGAUUCAAAUCUUUCGCGAGUAUCUCCGUAUACCGACGGUUCAUCCGAAUGUGGAUUACACCGCCUGCACGGAAUUCUUGAAGCGCCAGGCUGCCAGGCUGGGCCUGCCCGUAGAAGUCAUCUAUCCGGUGAAUGAGCAGAAUCCCGUGGUGAUCCUCAAGUGGGAGGGAUCCCAGCCGGAGCUACCCUCCAUUAUCCUCAACUCGCACACCGAUGUGGUGCCCGUGUUCGCAGAGAAAUGGACCCAUGGCCCUUUCAGUGCUGAUAUGGACGCAGAGGGCCGGAUCUUUGCACGAGGCUCUCAGGAUAUGAAAUGCGUGGGCACCCAGUACCUGGGAGCAGUGCGAGCCCUCAAGGCAUCCGGCUAUCAGCCAAAGAGGACGAUUUACCUCACCUUCGUGCCGGACGAGGAGGUGGGCGGCCACCUGGGCAUGCGGGAGCUGGUGAAGAGCGACUACUUCAAGAAGCUGAACGUAGGCUUCAGCUUCGACGAGGGCAUCUCCAGCGAGGAUGAUACCUACGCCCUGUACUACGCCGAGCGCACAUUGUGGCACUUAAAGUUCAAGUUCAGUGGCACUGCCGGACACGGAUCUCUCUUGCUUCCCAACACAGCCGGAGAGAAGCUGAACUAUGUGGUUGGCAAGAUGAUGGAGUUCCGCAAAUCACAGGUCAAGAAACUGGCCGACGACUCCUCCAUAGACAUUGGCGAUGUGACCACUGUGAACCUUACCCAACUAAGAGGAGGAGUGCAGAGCAAUGUGGUUCCUCCGCUGCUGGAGGCUGUCUUUGAUAUUCGCAUUGCUGUGACCGUGGACAUUCCUGCUUUCGAGAAGCAGAUUCGCGACUGGUGCGAGGAGGCUGGAGGCGGCAUUGAGCUGGAAUUCGAGAUGAAGAACCCCUUCGUGGAGCCAACCAAAAUAGAUGCCUCGAAUCCCUACUGGCUCGCCUUCAAGAAGGCUCUCGAUGACCUUGGCCUUAAGACGCGGGUUCGAGUUUUCCCCGGAGCCACUGACAGUCGUUAUGUGCGCUAUGCAGGCAUUCCAGCUCUGGGCUUCUCGCCCAUUAACAACACCCCCAUUCUUCUCCACGAUCACGAUGAGUUCCUGAAGGCCGACACCUAUUUGCAUGGCAUUGAGGUGUACAAGAAGCUUAUUCCCGCUGUGGCCGACUCCUAAAGAACUGAUUCCAAUAUUUUAAACAACGAAAUUGUGCAUUUUUAUAUUGUUUUCAUUAUAUGUUUUUAAAGCUCUGUAAGAGUAUUGGGUCAAAGUCCCAAUGGCAUAUCAAUAAAGUACAUUUUAAAGACUA